AUGGUUUUGAUGGUAAGCUACGAUGUGCGUCGAAGGUGCCUCCCGCGACAGCGCGGGAAAAGCAAACUCGAAUUGCCAAGCCCAAGCUCUGGACGAGAGCUGUCAAGAGCUCAACCGGACGGCAGACAUAUCGAGACCGAUUCGCAAAUCAUGCAAAAAUCCAGUACUCUUCUUCGUGAAAGUAGGCCAAGUAGGCUCCCCAGAGUCACUCCCCAGCAGGUGGAGGAGAACCGGGAGGACAUCCAUGCAGCCGAUGUGGACAACAACGUUCGAGCAGACAGCAAGGAUGAGAACAGCAAUGCAGAGGAGAAGGAGUAG